AUGUGGCGAAACUUUGGUUGGGCGGCCAUUCUGGCCACAUGGACGAUCUUCCUGAUCUUGAAUAGCGGUUUAACUGGUGAAUGGAUCUUCAAUAAUCAAAUCAACAAUGAAUACACUUCCUAUAAAGUUCAUCAAGGAUCAGCAUCUUCUACUUUCGAUAGAAAAGCAAUUUAUGAUUCGAAAAAGAAUUCCAAAUCGAAUGAUCGUUUAUCAAUGCAUAUGAAAACAGUCUUCUCGGAAUUCAAAAACAUGGAAAAUCGCGAUUUACGACUCAGUGGCUAUGAAAAGCGCGACACGACAAAUGCAAAGGCAAAGGCUACACCAAGGUAUUUGAAAGAUAGUACUUCUGACAAAAAUUCUUGGCUGACUGCAAAAAAAAUAGCAACAAAAAACAUGUGGUUACCAAAAAUCAUCAUUAUGGAAAAAUCGAGGAAUACAAAAAAAUAUUGUAAAUUUAUGUCUAGUCUGCAUGUAUCACCGUCCCAUGAAUUGAAAAGUACUUUGAGAAAGAAAAGACGUAAAGAAAAAACAACUUACACAUUCUCGAGCGAUCGUAAAAAGGCAGCAAAGUUAAGGCGGGACAUUCGAGCGUUUGACAAGAAAAGCGAAUGGCACAGGAAGAAGCACAAGAGGGAGCGAAUCUUUAGCAGAGAAAAUACGAAGACCGCAUUCUUCUCUGACAAAUUCAGAAAGCGCUCGUGCAACGGCAGUUCUACACGAGAAUUUAAAAAUUCCGAUAUCUCAAAGUUAAAAACUAUAGAAAAUACCAAGUUCAGGCGCACCGACGAGAAACGUGAAUAUAAUAGAAACGACGAAGAUUCUCGCCAAAGUUUGACGAAAAACGGCACGAAUAAAUUGAUGUACGUGAAUGUUGAGGCUAACGACGAAUCUCGGAUAUUGGAGACAACUUUUCCAAACUAUUCGAGCUUAAAAGGAAAUCAAAGUCUUGGGAAUGUCGGAACCGUGGUUACAGACAAUACAGUCACAAAGAAUUCACCGUACAAGCAUUCCGUAACUGUCGCCUGGACUACGUUAAUCUUCAAUUCCAAAAUUUCAAAGACAAACAAAGGAGUUUAUAACGAAGAAAACACGAUAAAUCCCUAUCAUUCUCCGCAGAACGAAUAUUCGAAAUCUUAUAAGAGAGACGAAUUUCCAGCAAGCGAAACUUACAAACGCCACCAAUAUUCAAAGAUAGGGUUUAAAGUAAAUACAGAUGCGCGCGAAGAUAGAAAAGGGAACGACGAAGAUAUUGUCGACUCCUUCGCUUCUCACGAACCGAACUCCCUCGAUAGGCAUUCUGCUAGGGAGGGAAGCUUUAUGGAAGAUUUCCCCUUACAAAAAGAAAAAAACGCGGUGAAGGUGGCGCAAGAAACGCCCGGCUCGCGACGUGAAUAUCAUUCUUUUAUAAGUAAUAUCGGCGCAAGAAUAAAUAGAAAAGCAACGGAUCUUAACGAAUUGCAGAUACGAAGAAGAAUGAGAGAGAGAGAAAUUACCGCUGGUGCAAAUUAUAUGACGCGCAACGAGCUUGAAAUUAAACGUGAUCUGUUACCAACUAAUUUAUUCAUUACGGGAAUCAGCGGGUCAAAGUUAGAGUAUCCAACAUCGGCGCGCAUUUCAAUCACGCGGAAGAGGAAUCCGAUGCAUGUAGGAUACGUCAGGUCUGGCUCGGACUGCAAACAUUCACGAAUGACCGAUUUCGAAGCCCAAGUUAGUAGCGCGUUUCGAUUCGGCCUCUGGAAUGUCUCCGGUUCAUCGAGACUCGCAAAAUUCGAUAAACCCCUCGAUCGGGAAGCUCAUAGUCGCGUGAAAUAUUCGCGGAAAUUCGAUGCGAUCAAUAUUGAUGCGCGGCCGCCACACAUCACUAAGAUAAUUGAUGGAAGAUCGAAACUUGACGAGGAACUUCGAAGAACUUCGACCGAAAACGAAUCUAUCUUUCCUAGUGCACCGAAUAUUGGCGAUAAUCUGACCGAGAUGCGAGUGAUUAAUGGAUAUGAGCAGUCAUCGAGCGAACCUACAGAUGAGUCGGGAUUAGAAAAUGUCAGAGAUGGAAAUCACUCUGACAUGCGUGAAGAAUCUGGAUUUUAUUCACGAAGUAGCGGUAUCCAUAACUCAAAGUAUCGACGAUACAAACGUCAUGAAGUUCGAAAUACUCUGGGGAAUCCGACAUCGACUGAACUUGAUAGUGAGACGUGGAAGACAUUUGAUACAAUAAGGCCAACAACAUCGAAUGUUUUGAUUAAAUUUACACCCAAUCCAUCCGUUUCGGUUACUCAAACAACUAAUACAGAUCAAAUACCUAACGCGAAUUUUCUCACAACUGUAAAAACACUGCCGUCCUCGGGAUACCGAAAAAUCUCAAAAAAAUGGCAAUCGAUUCCGUCGAUGACUACCGAUUACGAGGUACAACAUACGAAUGCUUCGGCGGGAAUAGGUUCCAACGGAUCUGAUUCAUUAGAGACCAUGUUAGUAGAUAUUCCAAAAACAUUCAACGUCAGCUCGAUAGAUACAUCGGCGUUUCUAAUCAAGACGCUUGAUCGAUCGACAGCAAUCAAUAAAACAGACAACUCCGUUAUUCUGAAAGAAAUUUCCUCGACACCAGAAAUGAAUCUGCAAAUAUCCUACGCCACAAACGAGAAUGUCUUCGACACGUCGUUAAUCGAGCCCAUUAAUUCACAAGAAGAUUACAGAAUGCAUGGAAACGGCACGAUCGUCGAUCCUACAAUCGAGCCGUUUCCUCAAAGGAGCAUCAAUUCCCCUCGAAAUGUCUUGGAGGACAUGACGAUAGAGAAUGUCGACGAUUCAUCGACCGACGACGCACUCUCCGACCAGUGGCCCGUAAAGCAUAGCGCAGUGGUAGAAGGUGAUCUCGUUCUUGGUGGACUCAUGAUGGUGCACGAACGGGAAGACACAAUUACAUGCGGUCCCGUAAUGCCUCAGGGUGGCAUACAGGCAUUAGAGGCUAUGCUGUACACGCUGGAUAAGCUGAACGAUCGGGAGAUCGUACCGGGUGUCAAGAUCGGAGCGCAUAUCCUCGACGACUGCGACAAGGACACCUACGGUCUCGAGAUGGCGGUGGAUUUCAUUAAGGGUUCGAUAAGUAACAUAGAUGGUGCAGAAUAUCACUGCAACAAAACUGCUGUACGAAAGGUAAUCAGUGGUGUCGUUGGUGCUGCGAGUUCAGUAACAUCAAUUCAAGUUGCCAAUCUUCUACGAUUGUUUAGAAUUCCGCAAGUCUCCUUUUUUUCAACAAGUCCCGAGCUUUCCAACAAACAACGCUUCGAAUAUUUUACUCGUACCAUACCUAGCGAUCACUAUCAAGUCAAAGCGAUGGUCGAUAUUGUAUUGACGAUGGGCUGGAGCUACGUUUCCAUCAUUUACGAAGAAAGUAACUAUGGUAUAAAGGCUUUUGAGGAACUCGAGGAGUUGCUUGGAAAACAUAACAUAUGUAUCGCCAUCAAAGAAAAGUUGGUAAAGGAUUCUGGAGUUGCUGAGGAGAUCGCCUACGAUAAUAUCGUUUUGAAGUUGCUGACAAAACCACGAGCAAAAGGUUGCAUUAUUUUCGGUUCCGACCAAGAAGUUGCCGGGGUUAUGAGGGCGGUUAGACGAUGCAAUGCGACCGGCGCUUUUUCCUGGAUCGGAAGUGACGGUUGGAGUGCAAGAGGAUUAGUGAGUAACGGUAACGAGCCGGAAGUCGAAGGCACUUUAUCGGUCCAACCUCAGGCCAACCGCGUUAAGGGUUUCGAAGAGUACUUCCUCAACUUGACCGUCGAGAAUAAUCGAAGAAAUCCGUGGUUCGUCGAAUUUUGGGAAGAUCACUUCAAAUGUCGAUAUCCGAACGCAUCCCGAACACCGUACAACAAAAAAUAUACAAAAGCUUGCACAAUGGAAGAACGUCUCACCAAGCAAAACACGGCUUUCGAAGAUCAACUACAGUUUGUCUCCGAUGCAGUAAUGGCAUUCGCUUACGCUUUUCGAGAUAUGCACCUUGACCUUUGCGACGGAAAGCCAGGAUUAUGCGAUGCUAUGAAACCAACUAAGGGAACAAUGCUUCUCCAGUAUCUGCGUAAGGUGGACUUCGAGGGUCUAAGCGGAGACAAGUUUAGAUUCGACAAGAAUGGUGACGGACCCGCGCGGUACAACAUCAUACAUUUCAAGCAAAUCGAACCGGGCAAAUACAAGUGGAUACGCGUCGGUGAAUACCUGGAAGGCGAGCUGUGGCUAAAUAUGCCUGAAAUUCAAUUUAAACUCGGGCAUCCUCAAUCACCUGAGAGCGUGUGUUCUUUGCCUUGUGAGGUCGGCCAGGCAAAGAAAUAUGUCGAGGGUGAAAGAUGCUGCUGGCAUUGCUUUAAUUGCACUCAAUAUCAGAUACGACAUCCCAAAGAUGAGACGCAGUGUAUUCAAUGUCGUCAAGGUACGCUACCCGAUGAGACUCAUUCAAUGUGUCGGGAUGUUCCGGAAGAAUUUCUACGCCCGGAGAGCGCUUGGGCAAUAAGUGCAAUGUCUUUUUCUGCCACAGGAAUUUUGGUCACGCUAUUUGUCGGCGGCGUUUUCUUUAGACAUAACGACACGCCUGUUGUACGUGCAUCUGGACGAGAAUUAUCUUAUGUUCUUCUGUCAGGAAUUUUACUCUGUUAUCUCGUCACAUUCACUUUGAUACUUAGACCCACGGACAUUGUCUGCGGUAUUCAAAGAUUUGCCGCAGGCUUCUGCUUCACAGUAGUAUAUGCGGCAUUACUAACAAAGACCAAUCGAAUCUCAAGAAUCUUCAAUGCCGGAAGCGCGAAAAGACCAUCUUUCAUAUCACCUCGAUCACAACUUAUUAUCUGUGUUGGAUUAAUAUUAGUGCAAAUCUUAAUUACCGGAAUAUGGAUAAUCAUCGAUCCCGCCAAAGCUAUGCAUCAUUAUCCCACGAUGGAGGACAAUUUGCUUGUUUGCAACAAUUAUAUCGAUGCCAGUUAUAUGAUCGCGUUCGCGUAUCCUACAAUAUUAAUAGUCGUGUGCACUGUCUAUGCCGUCCUUACGAGAAAGAUUCCAGAAGCCUUCAACGAGAGCAAGCACAUUGGUUUAACAAUGUAUACGACGUGCGUUAUAUGGUGUGCUUUCAUACCUUUGUACUACGGUACCGGAAGCAAUGUUGCAUUGAGAAUUACUUCGAUGUCGGUCACAAUCAGUCUUUCUGCGUCUGUAACGGUGGUUUGUCUCUUCAGUCCAAAGCUAUACAUUAUUUUAAUCCGACCUGAAAGAAAUGUGCGCCCAACCGUAAGGCCUAAUCUGACGAAAAGUACAGCGAUAACCGCCACAAAUGCAUCGAAUAUGAUGGGCCCAGUGACGGCAACAACAGUUUUGACAGCUGCAACUUGCGAUCAAAAUAAAGCAAUCAAAAAACAUAUCGCUAUAGACUGCUCUACUCAAAGUGAGUGCUACGAAUUGCAAUUAAAGGAUCAAAAGAAUGGAGCGUCAUUAGCAACAUAUACUUCGCGAUCAACUCAAACGACUAACAACGAAAAGGAAGAUAUGGCUACUGUGGCGAUUAGUGAAGAAUCGCCGGAUGUAAUCGCGUCUGUGAAUAAUAAAGAAUCAAAAAACAGCACGAUUAUGACAAAACGACUUAAUAGCAAUGCAAGGAUAGGUAAUGGACCGCUUUCUCAAAGUGACCUCUCUUUAUAGCGAAAGGUAGAAUUGUCUUUAAAACCAAUCUCGAAAAAACCUGUCAUCGUCUGAUUUAUUCUUCAUAUAUACGAUUGGUAUGUCAAUGUAUUUUUUAACGCAAAAGACACAAAAUAUCUAUUUUAAAAAUUGUUUUAGAAAUUAUUUGUCAUUAGA